GGAAUAUUUAUUGUAUUAAACGUUCACUGGCUAAGAAAAAGUAAACUGAAAUUAUGGAGUGUUUAAAGUCAGUACCUGUUGACAAAUGUUGUUUAGUUGUACAAAUGCCAACAGUUGAAGAAAUGAAACGUGAAGUUGCUAAUAUUACAUGUGAAAUGCAAUCAGUUUAUAUUGACAAUUCAAUUGUGUUACCAUCAUCCGAAGUGCCAACAACCAUUGCAUCACAAGAUACCAUUAGUAUUGCUGCUGCUGAUACUACUGUUGUAAGUAAUUUCAAUCCAAUAAAUUAUCAUACAAUCCAGUUGGAUAAUAAUACAACAACUGAAAUAAAUUCAAUUAAUUCUAAUGUAAAUGAUAAAUCAACUAUGAAUUUUAAGACAAGAAACUAUGAUACAAAAUACGGUAGCAUAAAUCUUCCAUCUGACAAUGAGUAUCGGCAACACAAUUCACCCGAUUCUAGAUGGUCGACAUUGAACCUUGAUGAUGGUUAUCAUAAUGAAGAUGAUAAUAUAGAUGAACAAACAGAUGGAAAUGAUAAAAUUGAUCAAUUUAAAUUAAAUCGUUUUGGUAGUCUGUUGAUAGACCGAAAAAAAGUGAAUGAAAAUUCUCUUUCUAAAUUUAUUUCACCAUCGAUUAAUAGUAGUUCAAGUUGCCCAAGAGAAGAACAAGUUUCUGAAGAAUUUAUUAUUAAUGGAAAGCGUUACAGACAGGUUUAUCAAAGGCGUAUUGUAUUAGAAAGAAAAACAACAAGAGACGUGUUUUUUCUCCCUGGAAGUAAUACUGAUACAGAAAUUCGACUACCAAGUAAAAAUCAAUAUGAGUACAGAUCUCCGCACUAUGACGAACAAGUAUCAAGUAUGGUUUCAAAUGAACAGUCCACAGCUAAGUCAACUAGUUCACCUAAUGGGCAAGUAAUAAGUCGACCUGGUCUAGAUCUCACAGUCUUACAUAUGAAAAAUAACACAAAAAAUGAUGAACCUUGCCUCUCACCAGCAAUUGUUGUAAGGUCUGUUAAUGGUAGUAUGAUUAAUUCUAAGCACACUGAAAUUUCAAGUUGUUCACAAUGUACAACUUCAACUGAAGUAUCAUCCAAAUUCAUUGAUACUAUUAAUCCAAUUGCCUUAACUCAACAAACAGAUAAUAUGGAACAUUUAAAUGCAAAUGUAUCUGAAGUAAAUAGAUCUAGUUCCAGAGCACGAAACAUAGUCCGCAGUCUAUCGAACUCACUUAAACGUUCUCUAUCUACUGGCAUUCAAAAUACACGAAGUUUAGUUAAAUCAAUACCAGGAAGGUCCAAAGAAACGGAAUCAGCUAAUCAACUCAAUAAAUUACGUACAUCGACCAAUAAUGAUUUAUUAGUAGACACUUCAAAACAAGACAAAGAGUUUAAAAACAAUCACGAACUCAUUGAGCCAAAAUCAAAGCAAAUAAUGGGUUAUAUGUAUAAAUUUGGUGUUUGGGAUGAUCAACAGCCAGUUUUAGAUCCACGUUUACCUGUAUUCUUGAAUUCGUCUAUUGAGAAUAAUUCAAAUUUAAAUGGUACCGUUAUUCCUACUGCACCCGAAUGGCAUCAUGAAGAAGUUGGUUUAGAAAAUAUAGAAAAAUUCCAAGGAGCUUAUGUCCGUGGUCGUACAGUUGCUUGUUUGCAAAGAUUUACACAACAUAGUUCAGCUAGUGGUAAAGCAUUGCAUAGGAGUACUUAUGUACAACAAACAAGACUAGUUCGUACAGCUUAA